UGUCGUUUUAGUACAAACUGUCCUGUCAUCAAGCUUUGAUUCGUGAAAAUGAAAAAUCAAAACAAUCUUAGCCCCAGGAAGAUGAACCAUCCCCGCGGGCAACAAAGGACUCGCCCAUAUCAACACACAGCUAGAAAUAUUGGAACAACUGCACCAGGAUCCGGACGUGUUUUAAGCGGCAACCAACGCAGCUUAACAGCCACACCUGCAGUAGAUAAAGAAACGGCACUGCGUAAUCAAAUACAUAUGGAGAUCGAGAAAAAAUCGAAAGCUUGCUCGAAUAUCACAUACGAGUGUACUCUGCCACGUCUGGAGCAAUAUAAUUACUGCAAACGACAUAUUUUGCAAGAUUCUCGGGCCCCAUAUAAACAAUGCGCAUUUUUCUACGCCUUGAACGGGAAACGGUGUCUAGAGCCCGCUCCGAAGUAUGACAAUAAAAAGGAUUAUGGAACAAAUUAUUGUUUCGAGCAUAGUCGGUUGACGCAGCUAACGAAAACAAAAUCUACUAUUGGUAAACAUACCCCGCUAGAAACCACGGAAACGUUAAUGAAUAGCUUGGUUCAUCAUGUAAAAGUUGACAAAGCUAAACAACAACAACAGCAGCAACUGACGAAUUGCUCCUCUCUUAAGAUUACUGUUCAUGAGGAUGAUGAAGAUGGUGAUGUGGAUGUUGUGACACCAUCGGUCGAUCCUUUCGUGGACAUUGACGUUACAGCAAUAAACGAUUCGGCACGCGUCGUGUUAGACUACGCAUCGGACAGUAGUUCGGAAGAUGAGGCGACAACUGUGGCAAAUACUUGGCGCGGCUUCGAAAUGGACAAUUCUGAUAACGAAAGCGUUGAUUCACAGAACGAAGAUUUGCUAAAGCACGCAGGAAUCUAUACCGCUGAGGAAGCUACUUUGAUAACCAAGGAAAAGUUAAUACGAUUACAGACACUAUACAUUGACCAAUUCCAUCGUCUUCAGCACGUGCUAAAGGAGAAACGCAGACAAUACUUGCACGAGCUGCGUCGUGAAAGAGAACAAUACUGUAGCAUACACGAUCAAGUCAAGGACACUCCAAAAGAACGUCGCUUGUACGAGAAGUUGAAGGCCCUGAACCAUUAUCACAAUAAACACGGUAUGGAAGCUAUUCUCCACCGCAAGUAUCUGGAAAAACGAGCUAAAGCUACAGAAGGCUUACAGCAGAAGGUACCGACGCAUCCCAAAUGUGCAUUCACAGAAGGUGGUGUAAAAUGUGGAGAGCGAACACUGCCGUGCUCUAAGUUUUGUCGUAAGCAUAUAUUAGAAGACAAAAAGCAGGUACUCUUCAAGUUUUGUGGUGUCGAAAAGAGCGGAGUUAUUUGUCAGGAACCUUUGGCAAACAUUUUUGAAGAUUCCACCUGCUAUUUGCACGUAGAACUUCCAGCACAAAAAACUUUUACGAAGAAAAAGUUUGAAUCUGAAUCAGAAGGUGAAGAAGAUGUUCAGUCGGAUAUUAAAAAAGAUAUACCAGAAAAGCAUGGCGAAGAUUCGCCAUCUCAAUCCACCAGCACGACAAUAGCUACCACUAUUGAUUCUGCAGAACAAGAAGUAUCAAGCGAGCCACCUAUCGUGGAGCAUAACAUUACUAUAGUACACGACAGUGAACCAGAUAAUCUGGAAGAUUCUCUUCCAAUUUGCGUAAUCGCGAAGCCGCUGCCAAUAAAAGAAAAAUCCAUUCCCAGUGGUAAUGACAAAGAUAUACAGCUAACUGAGAAAACAAACCGAGGUUCCGAUGAAGGAAAACCUGGAGGGAAGAAUGCAGAAAAAUGAAAACAUCGAUUGUCUUUGUCUCAAUUCAAUUGAUUUUUAUUGUUUCUCUUUUUGUGAUAGUUUUCCCAAAUACAAUAGCGACGAAACAGAAAUAAAACCGAAGAAGGUGUAAACGUGUAAAACGAUAUAAAACAAAAGAAUAAGUUUCUGAUACGCUUUCUCGUUGUAAACUUUUGGAAUAAACUUUUCAGUUAAAUCUGA